AUGAAGCGGGCUACAUGUGUUCCCGCGUCGAGAUGUGGCACUGGACGACCACAUAAGAGGGCGUUGGAAUCCCUGGCAACAGAGUCGCUAGAGAGGUCUGCUGGAAUUGAGCCUGUCGUAUUCACGGUACCACCAACGAUACCACCUGUGGCAUAUCCGGCCCCUCCACCAGUAGUGCCUGCUGCUGUGUACCCGACACCUCCUCCAAUCGUGCCUACUGCAUACCCGACACCACCGCCACCUGUGCCUACUACUGCAUACCCGGCACCCGUACCAGUAGUACCAGUUGCUCCUUAUCUGGUACCACCACCUAUCGUAACUCCAGUUGCUCCUACCUAUAUUGACCCUGCAGUGCCACUAGCGGUACCUACCCCCACUUAUGCAGCAGCACCAGGGGUACCUUCCCCGGCCUAUCUAGCGGUACCACUUGUAGUACCAACUCCAGUGGUUCCACCAAUUCUCACGGCGAGCUCUACUCACCCUAUUGAUAUAAUUGUUGCACGAGCUCAGAUCCCAGCUUUGGCAGAGUCGGUGAAAAGCUGA